AGGAGGGGAGACCCGCCGCCUCCCUCCCUCGCUCGCUCGCUGACUCGCUCCCUCCCGGCUGCGGCUGCUGCAACGCAGCGGUGGCGGCAGCAGCGGGAGAAGUCUGGAGGCCGACGUCGAGGAUUUGCUGCUGUCUCUGCUGCUCUAACCUCCCCACAGAGGCCCUCUCCCUGUUCCCAUCUCAAGAUGGCAGUCAGCAGCUCUGAGGUCUCUAAGAUGAAGCAGAUAGAGGAGGGUCCCCAGACCCAGGGAGAAGGGCCUGGCCAUCCUGAAGCCAAAACUGGCCCUCUCCAGGUCCCAGAAGAACCAGAGGCCCUGCAACCAGGCCCAGACAUCGCUGGGGACCCUGUGGACUCAGAGCCCAAGGCUGGACUGGCUCCAGAAAACACAGAGACCCCAGCUGGGGCCCCAGAAACAGCCCAGGCCAGAGACCUCAGCUCAGGCCCAGGAGGGGAAUCGAAGGCCAACCCCAACCCCAAAGAAGCAUGCCAAGAGUCAGCACCCAAACCAGAAGUGAGCAAAGAGGCCACUGCAGACCAGGGGUCCAACCUGGAGUCUGCAGCCCCACUUGAGCCAGCCUCAGAACCCACUCCCCUAGCAGACCCCCAGUCAGACCCUCAUCCAGAUCCCCAGUCAGGUUCCCAGCCCAUCCCCAAGCCAGCCCUUCAGCCAGAGACCCCUACCCAGGAGGACCCUACCCCUGAGACUCUGACUGAGAGCAUGGGGGAAAAACAGGAGAAUGGGGCCGUGGUUCCCCUGCAGGCUGGUGAUGGGGAAGAGGGCCCAGCCCCCCAACCUCACUCACCACCCUCUACAAAAAAAACCCCAGCCAAUGGGGCUCCUCCCCGUGUGCUACAGCAGCUGGUUGAGGAGGACCGACUAAGAAGGGGUCACAGUGGGCAUCCAGGAUCUCCCCGAGGUAGCCUGAGCCGCCACUCCAGCUCCCAGCUAGCAGGGUCUGGGGUCGAGGGGGGUGAAGGCACUCAGAAACCUCGGGACUACAUCAUCCUCGCCAUCUUGUCCUGCUUCUGCCCCAUGUGGCCUGUCAACAUCGUGGCCUUCGCUUAUGCCGUCAUGUCCCGGAACAGCCUGCAGCAGGGGGACGUGGAUGGGGCCCAGCGUCUGGGCCGCGUGGCCAAGCUCUUAAGCAUCGUGGCCCUGGUAGGGGGGGUCCUCAUCAUCAUCGCCUCCUGCGUCAUCAACUUAGGCGUGUAUAAGUGAGGGGCUCUGCCCUGCAUUCCAAGACUUUUCUUCCUGUUGGGAGCUGCCUUGGGCCCAUCCUCCCCAGGAGGAGCCUAAUUGAUGGCCCAGGCCUGCACCCAAGGGGACCAAGGGAGCCUGGGCGGCCUUGUUUACAGCUUCUUUCCUGUUCCUGCAUCCUGCCAGGCUCCUCUGCCAACCUAGGCCUCCCAUUUCCCUGCACUGUUUCCAACCUUCCUGCACUUCUGCCUGUAUUCCGUCCAGCCUCUUGGCCUCCCAUCCCUGCACUUCUGGAAACCUCCUGCACUUCUGGAAACUUCCUUGAACAUCUCCCAAACUCUGUUCUCAGCCCCCUUGCAUCUCUCCCAGCCUUCCUGCACUUCUUCCAAUGCCCUGAAUUCCCUGCACUUCAACUCUGGUGUCCCCCUCCCAACUUUCAUUGUCUUGGCAUAUUCCCCCAUUCCUUUCUUCCUUCUCUCCUUUAUAAUUUCCCUUUCCCUCUCCUCAUGCUCCACCACUUUCUUCUUCUGCCUCCUCAUCUUCCCUCAGCUACCUUUCCUCCUCCCCUCAGGAUCCUCUCCCCUAUCCUCCUGCCACCGUUUAUUCUUCAAAAAUUCCAGCACUUAGAUAAGACGGGGAGGGAGCGGUGUAAGGAGAAGGCUCCCUAGCCCAGGGCUCCGACUGUUCUCCGACUGUCCAGACGUCCCCCGGGCGCCUCAGGGUCGCACUGCCAGCAAGCCAGGCCUCUUUGGGGGACUUGGGCAGGGGUGGCGAGCACUGUUUCAAACAGCACUGGGAGAAGGGAGGGCCGCGAUUGCUGCCGCUCCCUGGUCAGGCCAGUGGACUUGCCCUACCUGGGCUUCUUAACCCAGUCAACGAGUUUAUAAAGGCAGUGGGGCUGUGGUCACGUGCUUUGUAACGAAAGAACCCCCAAAAUAGGACCAAAGCUCUCAGCUGCAGGGAGCGAGGGAGGGGUGGGAGCUCUAUAAUUACUUUCUAAGAGAUCGAGGGAGGUUUGUCGCACUCAACAGUCCGCUGGGGAGGCGGGGAUCCAGCUAUGACGCGAUUCGAAGGUGCGGGUCUUUGUUUUCUAAAAAAAAGUGUGGGGAAAAAAACUAAAAAGUCUUAAAAGAAAAAAAA